AUGGGUAGAGGUUUAAAAGCCGCUUGCAAAAUCCAACGUGGAGAACUUGUUUGUGUCUAUUUGGGUGAAGUAAUUCCAUAUAAAGAGGCUUGCCUAAGAGAAGCCUUUCAACUUUCAUGUUAUGGUCGCAAUUUUAUCAUGGUAAUGCGUGAGUAUAGCGACCAUCGUCUUAUAUCAGAGACGUGUGUUGACGGGAAUUCUGAAUCGUGGGGUUCAGUAAAGUCGAAAGCACGCCUAAUUAACCAUUCUUGUACACCUAACCUAACAGUAGUUCCUGUUCGAGUUGAUAGUUUCAUUCCCUAUUUAGCAUUAUUUGCUAACAAAGUUAUCUUUGAGGUCACUGUUCUCUGGAUUGUACUAAUUCGCCUUGAUCAUCAUACUUGCGGAAUGAUACUUUUGUUAUCCAAUACUACCUGUUCACAAAAUCAUGACAUUAAUAUGGAUGGAUUAUGUGUUUUUCUUGUCAGGGUAGGAUAA